CACAUGCUGCCAUAUUUGCCACGGCCAAUGAUGGAGAAUUCAGCAUGUUAUACUUUACCUCCAGAGCGUAAAAUGUCAGUGGUGCAAAAUGAAGAGAUUCAAAACAGAAGGGAUUCUUCCAUUUCCAAGAAAAGCAGCACAUGUGUAAAUCUUGUUCAACUACCCUGCACCAUCAAUACUCUUAAUGAGAAGACAUCAUUGAACAGGAAACUUAGCGGAUCAGAACCUGUCAAACUUCAAGCAGCCUUAUUCAAUAAAUCUCAUCAAAGUUUCUCAGUAAAUCCUGAAGAGUUGCCAAGGUACCAUAGACCUUUUUCUAAUGAUCAGCAAUUCAAGGACAGUGGCAACAAGUGGUAUACAAACUACACAAUGCACAACUCCUUCAGGACCUCAACUCCUCCUACACGUAGCGUAAUGUCGGCUCCCAGUUUUGUUUUUGAAAAAUCACAGAAACAGAGAUGCAAGCUCAUUGGUGAUGACCGUCAGCUUUACAGUUCCUCUAACAAAAAGCGCCAACGGUAUGUGACAAAAGAUGGCAAGAGCCAGGUUAACCUUGGCAAUAUUGAAGAAAAGAAAAGGUUUCUUUCAGACAUUUUCACCACCAUUGUUGAUCUAAAGUAUCGCUGGUUUUUAUUUGUCUUUAUGAUGUGUUAUAUUGUGACAUGGAUCAUGUUUGCAGAAAUUUAUUUUAUAGUUGCUUGGCUGAGGGAUGAUGUUAAUCACAUAAGGGACCAGACAUGGAAUCCAUGCAUUGAAAACGUGGAUAGCUUUCUCUCUGCUUUAUUGUUCUCAGUUGAGAGUCAACGAACCAUUGGCUAUGGUUACAGAAUGGUAACAGCCAAUUGCACAGAAGGUGUAAUUUUACUUAUGAUUCAGUCAAUCAUUGGUUCCAUGAUUGAUGCCCUCAUGGUAGGAUGUAUGUUUGUGAAGAUCUCUAGACCAAAAAAAAGAGCUCAGACUUUGAUGUUCAGCACAAAUUGCGUCAUAUCUUAUCGGGAUGAGGAACUAUGCUUAAUGUUUCGAAUUGGGGAUCUUCGAGACAGUCAUAUGGUGGAUGCCAAAAUAAGAGCCAAGCUAAUCAAGUCCAGGCAAACUAAGGAAGGCGAGUUCAUUGCACUGGAGCAAUCUGAAUUCAACCUUGGAUAUAACACAGGAGAGGACCGGCUUUUCUUAGUGGAACCUCAGAUUAUAAGUCAUACCAUUAACACAAGUAGUCCAUUCUGGGCCAUGAGUGCAGAUUCCUUGAAAAGGGAACAGUUUGAGAUUGUUGUGAUCUUGGAAGGAAUUGUGGAGGCAACAGGAAUGACAUGUCAGGCUAGGACUUCUUACACAGAUGAUGAGAUACUCUGGGGUUACCGUUUCGAGCCAUGCAUGUCUUUGGAGAAAGGAGCCUUUCGUGUGGAUUACAGCCGGUUUGACAAGACAUUUGAAGUUACUACGCCAUUGGUCAGUGCUAAAGAGAUGCAAGCACUGAAAGACUUAGAAAGGAAUGAGCAGUCCAUCUUGAGCCUAUAUUGGGAUAAUGUGGGUAAUACCUACCCGUCCGUAGAUCCAGAGAACAGACUGAGCCGAUCUGGCAUUGACCAUAUCUCAGAAGAAAGGACACCAGAACUGAAGGACAAAGUAUUUGCAGUUUAAUGCAUAUAUCUGAUCAAUUUGAGAUUGUUGACUGACAUCAAAUGAUUAAGAAGUACAUUCAUCCAAUUUUCU